AGCUCACUCUGCGCAUAUCGAUAAUAAAAAGGCCAACGCUCCCUUUCAUUUGCCACUGCUGCAGAAGAAGAGAGAAGAAGAAGAAGAAGCCAAGACAAUAGCGGCGAGCGUGGAGAACACGAGGAUAAAAGAGGAGAAAAGAGCCAGAGAAGAAUGGAGAAGAGGAGCACCAACUAUCUUCUUCUUCUUCUUCUCUCUGCUUCUCGGCAUCCUACCACUGUCUUUUUACUGUUUUGCUUAGUAUAAUGAACAAAGCCCAACGGCUCUUCUUCCAGCGGGUUGAAGAAGGGAAAAAUGGCUCUUUUAUCUCUCCUCGAUCUCCUCUACUGCCGAGAAGAGAGCUUGGAGUUGGAAGAAGAUGAAGAGCGAGCGGAACCGACGCUGCCGCUGCUCGAGGACCGGGAGACGGAGCGCCACGUCCUCUCGGCGGCGGAGGAACAGGCCGAGGAGGAGUGGGCGGAGGUGCUCUGUUCUCUCGCGGCGAAAGAAGGGGAAGCCCUGCGUGAACUCGUUCUCGACGGCGGCGGCUCCUACCUCCGGUCGGCGAGAAAGGAGGCGGUUGAGUGGGUCACGCGCACCGCCGCGACCCACGACUUCUCCGCUCUCACGGCGCUGCUCGCUGUGAACUACCUCGACCGGUGCUUCCUCUCUCGCGCUGCCGGCGGCAGGCUGCUCCGGCUCCAGGACGACAAGCCGUGGAUGGGGCGGCUUGCGGCCGUGGCGUGCCUUUCGUUGGCGGCGAAAGUGGAGGAGACCCACGUCCCUCUCCUGCUUGACCUCCAGGUGCCUGCACCGGUGGAGGCGGUGGCGGAGGAGGGCGGAUUCCUGUUCGAGCCCAAGACCAUCAGGCGGAUGGAGUUCCUGGUACUCGCCGCCCUCGGCUGGAGGAUGAAUCCGGUCACCCCUCUCUCUUUCAUCGACCACCUCCUUCCCCGGCUCUUUCCGAAGGAUAACAGCGCCAAUACUGGCUCCGCCCCCGCCGGCAUUGCCGCCCGCACCCGGCAGUUGGUGAGGAGGUGCCAAGCGACUCUUCUCUCCGUAAUAGCAGACUGGAGAUGGGUUGGCUAUCCGGCAUCGGCGUGGGCAGCGGCCGCACUGCUCCAAGCGACGGAGUCCGGCGACGGAGGCGGCACAACGGCGGAGUCUCCAGGGACCCGCCACCUCAUUUCCCUUCUCAACGCCCCAAAGGAAACACUCGGCGAAUGCCAUCAGCUAAUUCUGGAAUCGACGGGCACCGGCGUCAUCGGCCACAAGCGCAAGCAAUCCUCUUCCGCUUUCUGCCGCUGCUCAUCGCCGCCUAGUCCCAGUGGGGUGAUCGGUUCCUGCUUCAGCUGCGGGAGCUCGUGCGACUCAUGGGCAACGUGGCCUUCGUCUGCGCCGUCCUCGCCCGAGGUUCCUCCUUUCAAGAGGCUCCAUGGCAGCAGCAUCGACGAGUCCUUUGGGGAAGAGGGAGUCAGCGACGAAGGUGUCGGUCCUGUUUCAGUCUUAAGUAUUACCAGUCGAGGUUAUGCCUAAUGAUCUUAGAAGAAGCAGACUGCCUUCCAUCUCCGCCAUUAGGCCAGUGGAUCGCAUCUCUUGUGAGCAAUUCUGGUCGUGGGCCAAGGAGGAGAUCUCGACGACGAGUGUAUGACAGGGAGAAAGAAGCAGAGAUGGAUGGCAUUGUUCUUUUCGUCUUUAAAUUAUAUAGAGAAGAUAUCUUAGCACCUCUGUUACUCUUUCCUACCGUGCGUCAAGCAACUUGUUGUCCUAUCAGUGCUCAUCACAUCGCUCGCUCAUCAUCCUUCCUCCCCUGUAA